AAGUACCAUACCUCUUGCAUUACCUCUUGUCAAAACACAUGAUACAAAACAUUGCUUAAUACGAAUAUAAGUAGUUUGGGCCAAGCUCCGCAAUUCCUAGUGCGGAUAAGUAUACUUUGACAAAGGCACGUUACAUUACCCAAUACGGAUAAGCAACACCGCCAGAACACUAUAUUCCUAGCUUGGAUACGCAUCACGCCUCUCACUAGCAUCACAAUCCCUAGUGCAUGUAAGCAUAGGUCCAGCCACUCCGCCAGCUAACAGCCAUGGCGUCAGCGAUACGCGCUGCCUUCGAUGCCGCCGCCUUUGUCGCCAGGGCCCUGCGUCCGCGUGGCCUCAAAGGCCCCCGCGUCCCCUCGAGGCCCCUGCCCCGGGUCCCGCGGACACCCCGCAUCGCCUUCGCUGCUCUCGCCCUCGGGGUCGCGGCCACGGGGGUCAAAGAAGCGCGCGCGCACACGCAGCGGCACCAUCCCCGUGCCCCCGGCCCCCGGGAACUGAGAUUUUCUUCGUUCGCGUCGCUUCGCUUCCAGGGCCGACCCUACAUGACCCCGAGUGACUUCGUCGACUCCGUCACUCGCAACUCUCCCCGCGACGACGCUCCCAAGAGGAUUCUCACCGAAAAGGAAGUUGAAUCCAUUCUGGCAAAGACUCCAGCCCUGGAUGAGAGGAGGUCACAGCUCUUCCAUUCCAUGGGUCAAAACGGGCUCAUCUCGUACUCGGACUACCUGUUUCUGCUGUGCAUCCUGACCAAGCCCCUGGCCGGGUUUCAGAUCGCUUUCAACAUGCUGGACGCGGAUGGAAACCAGCACAUCGACAAGACCGAGUUCCUCAUGAUGCAGGAGAUCUUCAAUAGUCGCAACGAGCGGAGGGCGGAGGCCGGCGCGGAGGAGUGUGCCACGAUGCCGGCGGCGAGUGUAAAGAGGCACGGGGACACCACCCUGCUGGUCCACCUGUUCGGCAGGAACGGAGACAAAGAGCUGGACUACCAGGACUUCUACAGGUUCACGACGGCGCUGCAGGAGGAGGUGGUGUGGCGCGAGUUCCAGGCGUGCGCGCACGGGCGCCGCGUCAUCUCGGAGGGCGCGUUCGCGCGCGUCCUCCUGCGCUACACGGACGUGCGUGACGCCGCAGCCAUCACCGAGAAUCUCGCUGCACGCGUGCCCGCCGGACAGGGCAUCUCGUUUGAGGAGUUCCACUCGUUCUUCCAGUUCCUAAACAACCUGGAGGACUUCUCUAUUGCUGUGCAGAUGUACACGCGAGCAGGCUUGGCCAUCGGACAGGACGAGUUCCGCCGCGCCGUGCGCGUGGCCACGGGGCUGCACCUGUCGCCGCACCUCGUCUGCACCGUCUUCCACCUCUUCGACGAGGACGGCGAUGGCCGCUUGAGCCACACGGAGUUCCUGGGCGUCAUGAGGGACCGACUGCGCCGUGGCGCUCGGGACCACAGGACGAGCCCAAAGAAGGACGACUACCGCACAUGCGUGCGUCGCGAGUUGAGCCGCUGAGAUGGAAUGGGCCGUCCACAUCCCCCAGAAGAGGACGAGACCCACAUUACCAGCAGUGGAGGAUUACUCUAUAUUACCAACUCCAUAUAUCAUUCGCUGUCAAUGUUCUGUCGGCAUCUUGUCAUAAGCCGAAUAAAUGUACAAUUUACACUUUACAAAAGAGCGCAUCACGCGGUGUUGGAGAACGGGCCCACAAAAAGCAGCUAUCACAGAAGACUUCGUGGAUCCCUUCAAGUGAUCUAUUUUAUUCAUACAUCAGGAGGCGCCAGAGGAAUGUUCGUCGCAUGGCAUUCAAAUAUAUAUUUCUCAGUUGGAAAUUAGGCAAAGUCAAGUGAGAACCACUUAAUGACUAAUGCCCCAGUCACACUUUUAAAUUAGACUACCCUGGUCUCUUUGAAUUUUCAUCUGGUUGAAUACAAUAAACUUGAAACUUUGAUAGUAAUUUGGUGACCAGGCUACGACCAUCAAAAUCGCUACUUGAGAACCCGGUUUAAUGAAGAGGCUGCUACCUGGAUUCAAACCCAGGAUCCCAGUCGGGCUGGCUCUGUGCUCCGACCUCUCAGCCACCCAGCUAGAUUUUAAAGUGUCGAGUAAAAAAAACACAUGAUUAACUUUCAUCGAGAUUUGUUAAAAGACUGUAGCUCACUUUCAUACGAAGAGACUUCCAUUCACUUACCUGUAGAUAUUUGAGCUAAAUCAACCCACAUUCACUUUCACGGAUGUCUGAUAAAGCAACUUGCAUUCACUAUGGACAUCUAUUCAGACUUCCAUUCAAUUCGUUUUCUUUGUUCAAGUGACCUCUGUUAAUUUGCAGAGGUUUUUUAAAACGAGUUCCAUUCAACUUUAGCGACGUGAAAUUGGAUUUACUUUUUAUAGUAACAUUAAUCCGUAGUGAGCGCAUGGAAAAUGUGAUUUAAAGGAUAUGCUUCAAUACAUGCGAGGGCCGUGACAUUCUGACAGGAAGUGAAGACAGGAUGGUGAUACCACGCCAGUUUUGCUGGACUUUGUUUUCGUAUGCUCGUGGCUCCUUGCUACUCAAUAAAGUUAUUUGGA